AUGGCAGAAACUACCAACCUCCGACAAACACAAAACCCGAAAAAGAUAACAACCCCCGACAAACAGAAAACCCCCUACAGAACAACCCCCGACAGACAAAACAAACAGAACAACCUCCGACAAACAAAACAACCCUCGACAAACAGAACCCCCAACAUACAGUGCAACCCCCGACAAAGAAAAACAACCCCCAGCAAACAGAACAAUCUCCGACAAACAGAACCCCGACAAACAGAACAACCCCCGACAAACAGAAAGAACCCCCCACAUGCAGAUCAAAUACUAACAACCCCCGACAAACAGAAUGACCUCCGACAAACAAAACAACCCCGACAAACAGAACAACCCCCGACAAACAGAACAACCUCCGACAAACAGAACAAUCCCCGACAAACAAAACAACCUCCGACAAACAGAACAACCCCCGACAAACAGAACAACCCCCGACAAACAGAACCCCCAACAAACAGAACAACCUCGGACAAACAAAACAACCUCCGACAAACAGAACAACCUCCGACAAACAAAACAACCCCCGACAACAACCUCCGACAAUCAGAACAACCCCCGAUAAACAAAACAACCUCCGACAAACAGAACAACCACGACAAACAGAACAACUCCCGACAAACAGAACAACCUCUGACAAACAGAACAACCUCUGACGACAAUCAGAACAACAACCCCGACAAACAGAACAAUCCAACAAACGACAAACAAAACAACCCCCGACAAACCGACAACCCCAGAACAACCUCCACAACAGAACAAUCUCCCCCGACAAACAAGAACAACCUCCCGACAAAACAAACAACAACCUCCGACAAACAGAACAAACAACCUCCGACAACCCCCGACAAACAGAACAACCCUGACAAACAAACAACCCCCGACAAACAGAAGACAAACAAAACAACCCUUGACAAACAGAACAACCUCCCACAAACAAGCCCUCAGAACAGAACAAACUCCCGGCAAACAAACAGAACAACCUCCGACAAAUAG